UGCAUGUUUCAGGUCCUGAAAUAAACUGUACUAGAUGAAAAAAUAAAUACACCUAUAUACCAGUGUGUGUUAAACUAUUUUGCAUUUCUGCUAGCAUUUCAUAGCUUAAAUUCACAUUUUAACACAUAUGAAAUCCCACUGCCCUGCAGCACCCAUCCGAUCAGUGAACAUUGAGAAAAUCGAUGAGGAAGUCAUCUGUUCAUCCCCGGGCAUCUACCCAGCUCCUAAUGUGUCCUGGACCACUGACCCAUCCACACAGUCAGAUAUGUUAAACGACUCAACCCAAACCACCCGAGAUCGUAACGGUCUGUAUUCAGUACAGAGCAAAGUAAGGUUCAUGGGGAAUGUUUCCGACUACGCCUACAUCUGCUCUGUAACCUCCGCUGAUGGGAUGCAGAAGUGGAAGACAUCAAUGAGACAGCAAGAAAUCGACAGUGUAAAUGGAGGAAACCUAACCAUUCCCUGCCUUGCUCCGGGAACCUUCAAGCCAUCUAAUUUCACCCUCAAAUGGACCAUCACGAAAGCAAAAGCAACCAAACCGGAGGUUAUCCUCACGUUCAACAACCUAACCCUACAUAUCUCCAACCCCUGGAAGAACCAGGCAAGUGUGGACCGUCACCAGGUUCUCUCAGGAAAUGGGACCCUUUUGCUCCAGAACUUGGAAAAUUCAGCACAGACAGAAACCUACACCUGUGAAUUUUCAGCCUUCCAAUUCCAACAUCUGGUUCUCACUGAAGUCACUCUUGGAGGGAACCAGUUACCAUCUUGGAUCAUUGCUGUAAUUGUCGUGAUCGUGAUCGGGAUCGGGAUCGGGAUCUGGAUCGGGAUCUGGAUCUGGAAAAAACAUCAAACAGGUAAAGUUUGGUAA